AUGACCAACAGGUGGAUCCUCCAAGCUGCAUUCCUGCUAGGGUUUCUCUCCAUAGCCCUGUCCAUCAACUACGAGGACCUUGAGCACAGACAAAGCAGCAGCAAUUCAGUAUGUCUGGAGCUUCUGAAACAGCUGGAUGGACAGAACUGCCUUGGCCACAGAAUAAACUUCAAGAUCCCUAUGGGGGUGAAGCGCCCAGGACAGAUGGAGAAGAAAGACGCUGCCUUCGUCAUCCAAGAGAUGCUUCAGAAUAUCUUCAAUGUCUUCAAAAACAAUUCCUCCAGCACUGGGUGGAAUGAGAACAUCGUUGAAAGCUUCUUGGGUGAACUCCGUGAUCAGAUAGACUUUCUGAACAAAAUCCUAGAGGAAGUGCCAGCGAAUGAAAGAUGGACCCCGAGCAACUUCCCAACCAUUCUACGUUUGAAGAGCUAUUACAGGAGGGUGCAAAGCUUCCUUGAAGUCAAGGGGUACAGCAGCUGCGCCUGGAUGGUGGUCCGAGCAGAAAUCCUCAGUAACUUUUCCAUCAUCAGAAGACUUACUGAUAUAUUCCAGAACUGA